GUCACCUGGUGCACAGAUGCAGGAAAUGGGCAACUUGAAUCCCUCUUGCGCGUUGACUCUGGUGUCUUUUUUUGUCUCCUCCGAAGCUCCUCCUUUAGCGUCUGCAUCUUGAUCUCUACUUCUCGCAUCCUAGAUCCUCUUGCUAUAUUACGUAAUGGAGGGACAGCACAUAAUGGCUCAGGUGCAUAUACAGACCCCAACGUCCUCCUCCUCCUCGUCGUCGUCUGUGGUUGGGGAAGAAUCCAGGAGGCUCCGGGUGGCAGCCCGCGAAAGGAUGGCUGGAGGCCGUUUGUUGGACAGUCAUAGCCUGGAUGGGAUAAGCCAAGUGUAUGGAGCAUCCAAGGCUCAGGAAGGUAGGAGGGCUACCAUAUCCAGCGCUUUGGAACUAGAAGGGACAGUGAGCCAUGAUGGGGACCUGACACACUUUGUGGCCAACAACCUGCAGAUGAAGAUCAAGAUGAGCUCCCGUGGCAGUCUGGAUGACACAGAACCCACCUCCUCAUCAUCAGUGUCAUCACAGUUGUCCGUUAGGGGCAAAACUGCAGAUAUACCUCCAAUUGACCCACAGGUGAUUAGGGAUCUGGAAAGGCUCACUAGGGAUGUGGCACAGAAGGUGGACCAGAUGCUAAGAGCAUUGAACAGCGCUAUCCAGAACAUGACAGCCCUCAGUGUGGGGUACAUCCAGACUUAUCGGGAUGCUGUGGACAGCUUGGGUGAAUCUGUGGACAUGAGCAUCAAAGGGAUGUACACUCUGAUGGCAAGGUGUGAGGAGUUGGACCGCUCCAUGCAACCUGUCCAUACGCUCGCUAAACAAAUCCGGGAGAUUAAGAGGACUCUGGAAAUCUUUGAGGCACUUUGCAAGUAGUGCCUCUUUAAAAAAAACACAACUAAUUAAUUUGUUGACUGGUGGGGCAUGAAGCAGGGGCUGAUACCUGAUCUACUGUGAUUCAUACUCAAAAAGGGAAAACUAUGUGGAUGUGUUCUUGCACUAUAAUAAAUGAAGUAUGGCAGUGUUUCUCAAACUUUAUAAAAUAUUGUCCCUAGAUAAUGUUACUAGAUCAAACUCUAGAAACCUCAUUAGGGGCCUGCCUGUCCUUCUUUAAACAAUCAUUGAGCCCCUCUUUCCUCACCCACCAAGAUUCCAACAUCCACCUGUGCUGAUUCAAGCCCGUAUAAGACCCUAACACCUCAUCUCCUAGUGCUGCUUUCUUUUCAGCCUAAGGUAGUUAAUGGGACCUCAACCCUGAUUCUCUCAUCAGUCCCAGAGGAGUGACGACCCACACACUGGAAAAACGGACUGAACUAUGUGUGGGCCAGCUACUAAUGGGUGCACAGCUUUUUUUGCAGCUAAAAAACAGGAAAUUAUGUUCAUGUGUUGUUCAAGCUGACUUCACUGAUGUUGGGUUUCAAAAACUUCUGUUUCAAAAAGCUCAAGUUGUUGGACCUGAAUUUCCACAAAAUGUGUUUUAUAGAAUUUGUGUCUCAUUCAUACAGGGCAAUAGUAGAGGGUCUUUUGAGAAAUUAUAGAGUGUCUUUUCUUGACUUGCUAAUGCAUCUUGGAUUAAGGGACAGGGCUGUUGAGGGCAUGGUUGUGAUUUUAAGGAAGCUGUGAGCCCAAUACUUGUUACCAUUGUUUCUUCUUAUAUUCUUAAAUGUUCAUCUAUGUAAGCUUCCCAAAUAAUGAUCAACAGACCUGAAAGAAUGUUCCAUGUUGUCUCAAAUGCAGGUUCUAGCAUUUAAUAAGCCAGGGGUGGGAAAUCUUUUUUCUAACCAGGGCCAAUGACCCACAGGGGAAAAAAUCCAGGGGCCAUACACAAUCAUUAAUUGUGCAAUGAAUACAAUAAAUGAGUAAGUAUAUUGAAAUGCUCAAAAAGUUAGUGUUCGGGUGUUGCCAUCUCCUGAAGCUCCUGGCUACGUAGGUUGGGAUCUGCUUACUAACAGGAAUAAUACUAUAACUGAAAAUAAUACUAUAACUGCUUUCUU